AUGAAUGGGUGUCGGAUGCCGAGCGGCGCAAGGGCUCGAGCCUCGCAGCGCCGCCGCGCCCUUUCUCUUCUCUGCUCCUCCCGCGCGGAGUGGCCAGGCCUGGCGCAGCGCGGGCGCGUUGGAGGGAGGGAAGGCGACCGCCCCGCCACGAGGCCUCGAGCAGUCGCCGGCUGCCACUGGCUCCGCGCAGCGCUUCUCCUCGGCCAGGCAGCGCCGCUGCAGCACUCGGCGCCCGCACGCUCUCCACCGGCCACAUGGCUGUUGAGAAAAAUGAGAAGCAAAUGGAGUGCGACACCCAGGAAAAGGAAGAAGCGGUUUCAGAAGAUGGCGUUUUGGGGCGCCCUGCCGUGCUUUGGCAUCAUGUUUGCCGAUGUGCUGGAAACCAACCCCGGAAAUGAAGGAGCCACAAUUGCCUCCAUCAUCAGUCUCUUCUCCUUUUGUCUUCCCAUUUCCGGGCUGCUGUGCCCGGCGCUGUACCGGCGCUUCUCGUUCCGGCAGGUGGGCGUGGCCGGCGGCCUCGUCUACUGCGCCGGCUCCUUCUCGGCCGCCUUCGCCGCCUCCGCGCUGCACCUCGUGCUCACCUACGGCGCCGUGCAAGGCGCGGGCUUCGGGCUGAUGCUGAGCGCCAGCCUGGCGUCGUUCAACGAGCACUUCCGGCGGCGCCGCACGGUGGCGAUGGCAGUGGCGCAGUGCGCCAUCGGCGCGGGCAGCCUGGCGCUGCCGCUGGCGGCGCAGCGGCUGCAGGCGGCGGCGGGCGCGCGGGCGGCUAAGCUGGGGUUCGCGGGGCUGGGCGCCGCCGCCGCCGCCUGCCAGCUGCUGCUGCGGCCGCCCCCGUCCCCGCGCCCCCUGCACGUGCACGAGGAAUGUGAAGAAUCUAAAAAAAAUGGAAUACUGGCAAUAACUCAUUCCUCACCGGAUACGACUGAAGGCCUUUCGAAAUGGGCGCGGUGGCUGCGCUGCGCGGGGCUGGACGCUGCGCUGCUGCGCGACGCGCGCGUGGUGGGCGUGGCGGUGGGGCUGUGCCUGGCGCACGUGGAGGAGCUCAACUUCUUCGCCAUGUUCCCGCUGCACGCACGCGCGCUGGGGCUGGAGGAGGCGGGCGUGGCGCGCGCCGUCGCCACCGCCACCGCGGGCGACUUCGCCGGCCGCGUGGCGCUGGUGGCGGCCGGGCGCUGGCUGGCGCGCUCCAACCGCCUGCUCUUCGCCGCCGGCGCCGCCGCCUCCGCCGCCGCCGUCGUCGGGCUGGUGCGCGACGCCACGCAGAGCUUCCCGGCGUGCUUCCGCGUGAUGGCGGCGCUGCUGGCGCUGUGCGUGGCGUGCUUCGCCGUGGGCUGGCGUGCGGGCCGCCGCGUGCGCCCCGCUCCCGCCCCCGCCUCCGCCCCCGCCGACAAGUACACGCCCAAGCCCGAGCGGUAG